GAAGGUUCAUGAUUGCCUCAGACAAGUGCAUCACGAUACACAAUUCACCAUACAUCCUUCGGAGUGAACCAAAUGGUCGUCCGCGACGCCGAGGUAUCCCUUAUUGAUGGCUCCACUGUGUACAUGUUUCGAAUCUAACCGUUUCAUUGAGUAGCCUCCCAUAUCGGACUUGACAUUUCUCGUCGCUGGGGCGAGGAAGAAUACACCCUUGGCAAGUUCAGUCGGAAUACUUGCACUUCUGAGGGCAGAAGAGCUCCUGUAGGCAUUUUUCGUCCGUGUGCACAACUUUCGGGGAGUCAAUUUCUGAUGUAAAACUUCAUUUCAUUUUCAAGGAUACAUCGUAUGAGACGUAGUUUCUCGUCAGUCUUAGCCGUGGUUAAUCGAUGAAAAAUAUCGUCAAAUUAGUAUCCAUUGUAGGUAUUACUCAUAUGAUUUCCCCAUCAGUUUUUCCUCAGGUAUGUUCGUAUCCAUCGGAGUGGGUGCUAGAGAAGCCGGCUCCUUUCUUUGGAUUAGCUUCAUCCUCGCAGCUCUAGCAUGCGGAAUAUCUGGUCUCUGCUACUGCGAGAUGAGCUCCCUUGUUCCGGUGGCUGGAUCGGCCUAUAGCUACGUCUACACCAUCCUUGGCGAAUUACCGGCUGCUAUUGUUGGUUUCGUGCGCAUGCGUGCAUACCACUCCUUUGGUACAUCAUAGCAGGUUCUCUGUAUUGACAACUCCAUAUCGGCCGCUGCUAUCGCUAGGGCCUUCGCUGCGUAUGUCAACGUUUUAUUGGGCGAAAAACUCCCAAAGAUCCUGUAUGACUUCGAUCUCGGGUCGUCUGAGAAUCUUUGGUCGAUCUCCCUCCUCUCCUUCGUCCUCUGCAUCCUAUUGGGGUUGCUGCUUUACCGUGGGAUUAGACAAACUAGCACGUAC